GCACACCCACCUCCUUUCCUGUCUCCUCGUACGCACAGAGGAGAGACUAGAACGACUACCAAGAUACAUAGAAGAAGAAAUAUGGAGUUUUACGACGUCGGUGUGCACUGCGCGGCAGAAAUGUGCGGGCAGCAAGAUUUUUUGCCGUUCACCUGCGACGCGUGUGGCAAGGUCUUCUGCCUUGAUCACCGCACUCACGCCGGUCACAACUGUGCCAACGUCAACGUCAAAGAUAAACGUGUCCUCGAGUGCUCCAAGUGCAACAAAGUUCUCCAGAGGCCGGCCGGGGUGGAACACGCCCUAUUACUCGAGAGGCACGUAGCUUCCGGCUGCGUGGAUGGCGUCCGAAAAGCGAGGCCGAACAAGAUAGGCUGCUCCGUGCAAGGCUGUCGACGGUCGGAGUUCGUGAAGGUGUCCUGCGGAAGCUGCCGAAGAAAUUUCUGCUUCAAGCACCGGCACGAGGAUGACCACAAGUGCGAGGCGAUCGCGGAGACGACGAAGCGAGAACACCCCCACCUGCAAAAGAGGGGCCUUGGUGGAGCGGGAGGGCUCAAGCCUAAACCCAGUGAUAGCGGACACUUGGGUUGCAAAGAAGCGGCGGGGGGGCGCAGGCCGUGCGGCGUGGCGGCCGCAGAAGAGGCGGCGAGGCGGGAGAGGGAAGCCGCGGCCGGGAGGGGGGCGGGGACUGGCUCCGGGAUCGCCGCGCGUUGACCUCCUCUCGCUCAGUAUCUCCUGUGCGGACGGCCCUGUUGUUUUGGGCGGCAAGUGUAUCGGCAAUGUGUGUAGAAGAGGCGACAGAGUUGCCGCACGGCGUUGUAUGAAACGUGUUCUGUGCGUCGGCGUUCGCGUCGAAGCGUCGGCUAUUUGUGUGUAUGUAGCCAUCUCUUAGGUUGUGCAAGCUCAGGGCGUCGGUGGCUUGGACGGAGAAUUCCAGGAACAAAGGAAGUAAGGGGGAGGUUACCGGAUCGAUGGGCUAUUUGGGCACGGAUUUCAACCGCUAUCUUCCAUGCGAAAGCGCCAACACUUCAGAAGCUCUUCUUCUGCCCUCACCUCGUUUCCUAUGUCCUCAGUAGGGUACCCUCCCAGCGACUAUUUGAUAAUAGGUUUUACAUAGUGCAUUCAGCUGGACUUGUGGUCUUCUAGUCGUUCCUUGAGCUCCUCUGUUGUUGAUCCUGAAGUUCUUUGACUCCCGGGUUCUCCAGUGGUGGUGCGUUGCUUGCACAUCACGCGUGGUGCAUAGAUGUUUUGAGUUGGACUUGAGCGUGACAGCAGGUACAGGUUGCCAUGCAUUUUGACAUGGCUGCGUAGGAGGUGAUGCCGCACAUGGGUAUGGCUGGGGAUCAAACGACGUGUCCCGCCCGGUUCGUCAUCUGGAUGUUUCGUCCAGAACGAGGCCUGCAUCGAUG